GAGGAUGUGGCUAUUACUGACGAGCCGAACGGGCGCAGGUUGCGAGAGCAUCGCUCUGACUGAGACACUGAAUUAAGUUGAUUCCAGCAUAAUGAGGGAAAUCGUCCACAUUCAGGCUGGUCAGUGCGGUAACCAGAUCGGCGCCAAGUUUUGGGAGGUUAUAAGCGAUGAACACGGCAUCGACGCUACGGGGAGUUACCAAGGUGACAGUGACCUGCAGCUGGAGAGGAUAAAUGUGUACUACAACGAGGCCUCUGGGAGCAAGUAUGUACCCCGUGCCAUCCUGGUGGACCUGGAGCCCGGUACCAUGGACUCUGUCCGCUCUGGCCCAUUUGGGCAAAUCUUCAGGCCAGAUAACUUUGUGUUUGGUCAGAGUGGGGCUGGAAACAACUGGGCCAAGGGCCAUUACACAGAGGGGGCAGAGCUUGUGGACUCUGUGCUGGACGUGGUGCGUAAGGAGUCCGAGAACUGCGACUGCCUGCAGGGUUUCCAGCUCACGCACUCGCUGGGCGGAGGCACAGGCUCAGGCAUGGGCACCCUGCUCAUCAGCAAGAUCCGCGAGGAGUACCCCGACCGAAUCAUGAACACCUUCAGCGUCAUGCCCUCGCCCAAGGUGUCUGACACGGUGGUGGAGCCCUACAACGCCACGCUGUCCGUGCACCAGCUGGUGGAGAACACCGAUGAGACCUUCAGUAUCGACAACGAGGCGCUCUACGACAUCUGCUUCCGCACGCUGAAACUCACAACUCCGACGUAUGGCGACCUCAACCACCUGGUCUCGGCCACCAUGAGCGGCGUGACCACCUGCCUGCGCUUUCCGGGGCAGCUCAACGCCGACCUGCGCAAGCUCGCCGUCAACAUGGUGCCCUUCCCCCGCCUGCACUUCUUCAUGCCGGGCUUCGCCCCCCUCACCAGCAGGGGGAGCCAGCAGUACCGCGCCCUGUCUGUGCCCGAGCUCACGCAGCAGAUGUUCGACGCCAAGAACAUGAUGGCGGCGUGCGACCCGCGCCACGGCCGCUACCUCACCGUGGCCGCCAUCUUCCGCGGCCGCAUGUCCAUGAAGGAGGUGGACGAGCAGAUGCUCAACGUCCAGAACAAGAACAGCAGCUACUUCGUGGAGUGGAUCCCCAACAACGUGAAGACGGCCGUGUGCGACAUCCCGCCCCGCGGCCUCAAGAUGUCCGCCACCUUCAUCGGCAACAGCACGGCCAUCCAAGAGCUGUUCCGCCGCAUCUCGGAGCAGUUCACUGCCAUGUUCCGUCGCAAGGCCUUCCUGCACUGGUACACAGGCGAGGGCAUGGACGAGAUGGAGUUCACCGAGGCCGAGAGCAACAUGAACGACCUGGUGUCCGAGUACCAGCAGUACCAGGACGCCACGGCUGACGAAAUGGGCGAAUACGAGGAAGACGAACUGGAGGAUGAGGAAAUCACCCAUCAGGAUGGUCGUCAAGAGGUUCGGCAUUGAGCCAUUGGUCUUAAAGGAACAGUUAGACAGUAACUAAAAUAGUCACAAUGCUAAAUCUAAAGUAACUGCUUUUUGUUUGCUUUGUUCCUUUAAAAGCACAUGGCCAGAGCAUUCUUUACCUCCUCCUGUUUGUAGAACAGUGUUCAACAUUUCAGUUUGUAGACCACAGUGUUCCGUACAUCAGAGCAUUCUAGAUUGGUAAUACAAACAUGACAGCCUUUUCAGUGUUUAGUCCAAAGGUGCUACUGAUUAGAACAGCGAUCCUCUAAGGCAAAAAUGACUUUGGGACGUCAAGAGUUCUUUAAGUCUUUACUGAAAUUUGUGAGUUUUGUAACUUACACUCCAAACCACAAGCACCAUGUAGUGGUUUACAUACUGAAAUAAACCUUUAUCACCAAA